CCAGGCGCUCCACCCGUCCUCCUCUCUUCUCUCCAUCAGCAACUAUAAAUAACAGAGCUUAGUAAAGCCACAGAGACAUGGAGAGUUAAGCUCAGUCUCAACUCACAAUGGCCGUUGAUGAAUCGUUCAAGCAACCAGGUUCUGUGCCGUUCAAGUGGGAGAUCCAACCAGGUGUCCCAAAGCCACAUCAUCACCAGCCCUCCUUUAAACCCUCCCCAAAGCUUAUGCCUCCACCCGCCGGUGCCGGAAACUACUAUUACCCUCCACAAGAGGUGGGUUCCCUCUCCAUCCGGUCAACCACAAGAUCACGGUCCGUGUCAAGCAGGUUAAGGUCCGACCGGUUUCGAUUCGAUCGGCCCAGUUCUGUGGAAGUGAUUACUGGUUCAGCCGGUUGCUUCCCGCCGUUGAUGAAGCGAAAUGGUAACAAGAAGAGGAGCGGCAAAAUCGGGCCGCCGAUUGAGUCCGAAGUAGAUUACACCUCUGAUCUUGAGACACUAGCUCGGAGAUCGACGUCAACCAGAAAAAUGCUCUCGCCGUUUCGUGAUUCGGUAUCUUCUUCUUCAUUCAUCAGCUCUCCAUCUCCGUUCUCGUCAGUUCAGUCAUCACCAAGGACCGCCGGCGAUGCUGAGUGGGCAGCUUUCGGGCUUUUCUGAAAAAGAAUGAAUGCCGUUGAAAUCUAAAUCAUGGGAUGGCCUGUGCAUUAAGAAUCAAGAAUUGGGCAACAGAUAGGUCGGCCGUUGGUGGGUCAAUUUUAUGCAUAUCAAAUAUAUUGGAUGAUACCAAUCAGAUGGUAGUGGUAUAGUUUAGUUUAGUUUGUGGUUCAUCCGCUUUUCAAGUGUGGUGGAAGAUUUCAGAGAUUUUUCCAUGGAGGGAAAGACUUUGAAACUUUUGAAUUCUGUAGUUUGAAAAGCAGUGAUGUAAUGUUGCACAUGGGAUGUAAAGAAAAUCUAAAUUCCGGAAGAAGAAAGGGGGUUGUUUGGAUGAUAAAGAUUAUGGAAAGUAGUAAAAAGUCGUAAAUUUCUGCUGCUUUUUUCCCAAUUUUUGGGAGCUUGGAAUUUAUGCUAGUUUUAUAAUAUUUAUGGUUUUUUUUUUU